CCUGUGAUUACAUCACCUGAUCGGAGGAUUCAUUGUGAUCAAGAAGUUCAGCCAAAUAGUAACAGUAUUCACAGCCUCCCCUUAAUGGAUUCCCAGCUUAUUCAUGAGAGAGAUAUAAAGGCGCUUGCGUGAAACUUGAGUUUUUUACUUCUCGAGCGCAUGCAGAUGGAAUAUUCAGCUGCUGAUAUCGGAGCGGCCAGGGAUUUGCAAUUCUUAGCGUACAUUUACAUAUCGACGGCGACAUUCUGGACCUAUGAUUUUGUUUGUUCACUUCACGAAGAGUGGACAUUCCUACUUCGAUCACGCUGGACAAAGGUAAAAGGCCUUUAUAUCAUUACACGAUACAUUCCAUUUGUCGUUAUUUUCUUGGAACUAUGGUUAUCCUUGGCCAAAAACGAGCCAAAGAACUGCCAGAUAUUGAGCAAUAUUUUCGCAUAUUUCGGAGUGAUAUCACUCGCUCUCUCUGAAUUCUUUUUUGUUCUCAGGACGUAUGCACUCUGGAACAACAAGAGAAUCGUACUCGUAGCCGUGCUCUCCGGCUAUUUUGCAGUUAUCAUAUCAUGCAUCGGCAUUUUGGCUCCCGCUGGUCCUUUCCCUGAUGCCACGAUUGGCCCGGUCCAAGGCGUCCAAGGCUGCUCCCAGAGCCCACAAGGUUUCCAAUUAUUCUUGCCUUUUGUUCUUGUGUUUGUGUUUCAAGUGGGACUGAUCUGCCUCACGAUCACACGCGCUAUACAGCGAUGGCGGUUGGUUAAGGGCCCUCUGUUCGCCAUACUGGUGAAGCAUAACAUAUUCUACUAUGCAUGUGGUCUACUUUUCUCGGCCAUGAACUUUCUUCUGCCACUACUACUCGGGGAUAUGUUCGCCGUAUACUCCGCCAUUGAAGCUUUUCAGAUCCUCAUCCUUGCAAUCCUCGCCACGCGCAUGCACCUCCACCUCUGGCAUGCUGAGCAGUACGUGAACGGCUCUGAGGGCCUCGUGUACAUUUCUUUAUCCGACAUGCAACCUGUAAAUGGUGCGGCGUGACGCGUGACGCUUGGUCUCUUCGCCGUCGUUUGUGGCGUGGAACUUGAUCAAUCUACGAGAUCACUGGGCGGAUUUGGAAAUUGG